AUGUCCCGCUCGAAAAUCCUAUCCUUACUCUUCUCCCUCAAGAACAUCUCCCUCGCUAGUUCCGGCAUCAGACACACCAGAUUCAUGUCCUCCCAAUCCCCCAAGCUCGACCAGCUGCUUGUAUCGAAUGGCGGCAGGUGGACGUUGACGGCUGAUGGGGAAGCCUUGCAGCGGAGUUUCAAGUUUAAGAAUUUCACAAAGACAUGGGUUUAUAACACGACAUUCAUCCGCUGGACAACACAUGUCCCCAAAGGCCUAUCAGACAAGGACAUCGGUCUGGCUACUCUCUGCGAUUCCCUAGCCAAGGACUUUGGCGAACUGGAGCCGGAGCCGGCAAGUUGUGAGAUGAAGAAUUUGGCGGAUGAGGUUGUCAAGGAUGGCAAUUGCUGUGUGAAGAAGUAG